AUGGGGAUGACUUAUUGGAAAUAUUUGCAGUAUAACAUUGAAUUGUUGACGAAGAUUGUAGGAAUAGUCCAAUUUUCAGAUCGUGUAGCAAAGGCAAGAUUACAAUCGAAGCUUUCCUCGGCAGGUUUUAAUAUAAAUUGGUUGAGGGAUGUGAAAUUACCCAUGGUUCUACCUCAUGUGCAAAUAUGGUUACUUUGCCGCCAUCAUGAACUUUCAGAAUCAAAUAUAAGGGAGCAGGGAGUUUUUGCGUUGGGCGGACGAAAUCGUCAUUUAGAGGAUGAUCUGGUUCCGUAUAAAUAUUUAAUUGAGGAUUUUAUGAAAAAUAAAAAUUAUGCUUUAUGUGCACCCUAUAAAGAGGGUCAAAAAAUAUGUGAAUAUGCUGAUGCGUUGAGUAGAUUACCUUAUGAUAAAAUUUAA